ACCCGUUGCUAACGACAUAGAGGGACAUUGCAUUAGUCCCGAGGGCUUGACGUAUAUGGCAUUGUUUUCCGUCACGUACGAAUAGGUAUCCAGAAAAAUCGAUAAACGUUUCAGAAAACGACUGAAACCCAAACCAGGCUCUACACUGUAACAAAUUUCGUGUUUUUUCUGCAAUUAGCACUAUGUUUUAAAUGGUGUUUAAUUUAAGUGCAAUUUCUAGAAAUGAAGGAUGAUUGAUUAAAAUUCUGAGAAACGUUCUACCACCAUCCGGUAUCGUCAGUAUUUUAAUCUGGAUUGUUUUGAAUCAUCUGCAGCGAAGCGUUGCGGAAACCCGAAGUUUCCUACCACUCUAGCUCUGCUUUCCGAUCCUGUCUAGAGCGCGACCUAGUAGGCAGAUCAGCAAACAAACUUUCCUUCGUUCGUGAGAAGAUGGGGGCGAGGUAACCGGAGGCGAAGUUGUCGAAAAGUCAUAAUCAUAAAUAACCGUGUUAUCUUUCCAUGACAAUCGUACCGUAGAUCUAAUUUAUUCCCUUUACAGUAAUACCGGCGAUCGCGGGUCCGGUCUGAAACAUUCCAGGCGAAAGAAAGAAAAAAGAAAGCUAGGGCCCUAAGGGAAGAAGAAAACAGCUCAGGCCUGAUCUAGAUUGCAGGUUGCAAUGCGAAUAACAAGGGCAAGCUUGCUGUUUAUUUUGCAUGCAACUUGUCAAGUCUUGCAUCAUUCCGUGCAUGUAAUGCCUGUGUAAACACAAUAAUACAUUCAUAUGCAGAUUACAUAAGUAAUAUUGGAAAUGUGGCUGAGCUGACUGAGAAUGCUCGAAGAGCGAAAUAUAUAUCGAACGCCUGCGAUUUUACACUUUUCGUUUUUUGUUUUUUGCUUUUUUAUCGUUUUGAAGUUAUUUUAAGUUUGUCGAGCGUGUCAGUAUAAAAGACUUGAUGUCUUUUCUUCUCGUUUAGCACUGGGUUCACUAGGGAAAUUGCAACAAAAUUCAUUUUCAAUAGCAAUCUUUUACAUAUAGUCGCCUUAAAAAUGAAUAGUUGUGAUUUUUAGAUAUUAAUGCUUAAGCGCCCUCAAACUUUAAGGAGACAGGCGCUGUACAAAUAUUUUAUUAUCAUUAUUUAUUAUUAGAAAACCGAAUCCUGUAUUAAUAUUGUCCAGUUUCAUCUCCAAGAGCGUUUCAGACCGGACGUAUAAGCACAGUCUCAGCUGACAAAUGUUUCGGUUUCUACAUGUAUUGUUUGAAGAUUUGAUUUAAAAAAAAAAAAAUUAAUACCGAGGCGUCUCCGGUCAAGUACAUACAUUAUUAAUUUGAUAUGAACGUCAUUUCGCUUAUGACGACAACCGCUGCCGACUGCUUGACUAUUUAUAGUUGUGGUACGCAAAUCGUGCUCAAUACUUCGCAAUAUUUGAGAAUUGAUAGAGAUUUCUUUAAUACCUCAAAUGACGUACGGUCUUGAGACAGGUGCAGAGCCCCUAAAAUAUCCUACAGUGGUAAUAUUUCGGUUUCCCAGGAGAUUGUAAUUAUCUGUAUUUGUCGAGGUGGAAAUCAAAGAAGUGGCUUUUUAUUCGUGAAAAUAUAUUACACUUUCUGUAUUUUUUUUAUUUUCUAGCAUGACGUUGAGACUUCAAGUAUAGUACCCAAGAUAUGCGGUUUAGAUUUUUUUAUUGAAGUUUCGACGACCUGUGAAUCUGCAAGAUCAGUAUUUUUAUCCGAGUUGUGUGUCUUUACGGCUACGGUUACGAAAAAAUAUCAGAAAAAAUAAUAACGAACCUUGUGUGUAUAUAGUAUGAUCAGUACAAUUCAAGCGGUUAGUCAAGUUCAUUGUAUCUAUAGGCGAACAAAGCUUUGAAUUAGAAAGUGGAUAGUUUGACUGAAAAAUAUGAUGUAACAUAGUGUCUGUCGUAGCCGACAGGCCGAUAUAGUCAAUACGUUUGUUGCUAGGAAAACACUAGAAAACCACAUUAACAAAGCUAGAAAAUUAAAGUAAUGAGACGCACAAGCUGAUCAUGAGGAAACAGAGAUGCCGACACGAAAUUUUACUGUGUGAUUUUGUCAGCAAUAUUGACAACAAGCAAGUAAAUACACAUGAAAAGAAGUAAAAUUCUUCAUAACAUUCCAAAAAAACUACGAAUGAAUUGUUCCGAAACCAAGAAUAAACGUUUUGAUUUUAGAGUUUAAUUAACGGAUUUCAACGAUUUUUGUGUGGCUUAUAUUAUAUUUUGUAUACCACGCACGUUGACAAUGGCCAUUGCCUGCGUCGCAGACGCCACAUAUAUACCGCGGUUUGCUACAUGAAGCUUAUUUACAGGAAAAUUUUCGUCUGCAACGCAGGCUAGUUGCAAACGGCGCUGAUAUUUGUGCACUAACUAAACUAGGGUAAACCACCAGGGACAUUGUUCUUGGUAUUAUGAGAUUGUCCCCUUACUUUCUUUCGCAAUUAAAAUUCUUGUCUGACUUAUUACGAGUAAGAGGCUUUUGCUCUUUCCCUUAGAGACCUUAGAAAACCGAGAUAAGGAAACGACUUUCCAGGACGGAGUCUGCCGGAGUGCAUAUGUUUCAUAACAGUCUACUAGUGCUUGCUAUUUUAACUUGUUACUCAGCUGAAAAAUAUUUCACCCUUUAAACCCAGAUGCCAAUAUACAAUUCUCAAAUUUUUCAAUUUCCUUUAUUUUAAUGUCUUCCAAGCACCGGAGAUGCCAAUCUCUGUUACCUUUAAGAGUCAAAAUAGUCUCUUGAACCGUUACGUUCACUGAAAAGGAAUUUGCCCGUUUAAAAUUGUGAUUUCUAGUCAAAUAAAUCAGACACGGGUACAGUUUCCGGAAAAUUCGGUAAGGAAAUUAUGGAGUACUCUCCAGUCUUUCCGGUUUAAUAGAACGGAGCAGCGAUUCCUCGUGGACCACUGUACGCUUACAUUAUUCACAUACAUUAUCAAUAUUUCUAUAUUUGGAGGUUUAUUUGAGAUAACACACCAGUGAUCGAACGACCAUGAUGUCUUCUUCGUCAAAAAGUGUUCGAGUCGACUUGAUCAAUCAAGUUUGUUUAAUGCAAAAAUUUUAAUGAUACUGACAGCAAACUGACCGAAAGAAGAGGGUUUCGUCCUUACAGCGAGGUCAAUUGUAAUGGAAGAAACUAGCUCUGUCUUCAAUUAGAGAAGUCAAAUAAACCAGUUUGUUGAUGUACCCGGCGCUAGUCGGCCUGCGUUGCAGGCAUAAACAGGAAGGACAGGAAGGGAUAUACCCCCGGGGUAUACCCCGUCUUUCCUUCAGCGUCUUUCAAUUCCGCACUACGUCCCAGUCUCCUCCGUUUUGCGCCUGCUUCGCACGCGAUCCUGAGUCUGGGAACAAACCUGCUCUGUGUCGACACUCGUACCAUUGCCUUUCUUCAGUUGGCCGGUGAGUUUGGCAGACCUCAGGCUUCACCUUCAUACAACGGUCACCAAAAUCUGUUUUUCCUUUAGAUGACAAGUGCACUUCAUUCCAAAUGAGAUUUCAGUGAGUCAAAAUAAUAUCACCAUCCCGGAAUUGAACAGCGACUUGUCCUAUUCUAUGAUAAAAGUUCACAGUUUCUAUCGACUUUAUAGUUGGUCUGCUCUCAAUCUUAAUCGGAAACUUUUUCUGAGUAUCAGAUUUGAACUAGACUGCUCACAGGCCUCUAUUUUCUCGUAUUUUUAUUCAUCUUUGAACGCGCGGGUAGAAACAAAAUACGGUAGAGUUGACGGGGUAGUGGGUGGGGACCUGAUAAGUUUGACUCGCUUUGCUCGCUCCGCCGCCCCCAACCCCACGCGCUUCGCGCUCGCGCUCGCAUCGCUCGCUUUUUCCUUCGCGUGCGUUGAAAAAUCGAGAGGUUGUGAACAGUCCAGAAUAGAGCAUAAUGGCGAGACUUGCUGAGUCUCGAGUGCAUGAUAAUCACUGAGUGAAGAGGAAAAACUGGCUUAACUUGGACAACUAUAGUAAUAUGUUUAUUAAGCACAAUUCGAUUCAACUAAAAUAAGAUCUUCAGUAAUACGCGCCUCAGGUACUUUACAGGAUACGUGAAGAAUAUUUAGAUCAACAAAGAACUAAAGAGUGACCUUAUUUUGAAAUCUUCUAGUUUCUCUUUGCUUUGACAACAUUCCUGUCGAGGAGAGUCAAGUUCCCAGGGCAUCCGAAUUUAAUGCUCUUUGUGCAGCACUCAGUCCCUUUGAUAAUUCUAAUUAAUAUGAGUUUGCUCUCUUUUCGGUAACGUUUCAAUCCUCGUUGAGCCAGCACACAAUACGUAUAUUCCUCAAAAGCAAGCGAAGGAUCGAUUGCCAAUGCUUCGUUCCUUAUGAAAGCCCACAGAAAUCUAUACAAACAGGUGCAGAAGAGAAAGGAACUUGCUACGAGGCUUGCAUUGAUUACAUCACCAGACAUUAUGCACUGGCGAAGCGGCAGACAAUUUCUUAUUGGCGUGGCGUCAUUCAUUUUUGGUUGUAUUUUGACUCUUUUUCUUUGUUCGUCCAAUGAGUCAACGUUGGACUUACCGAGUUCCGCACCGAAUCAAGCGAUAAAAUAUGCAGAAGAAGAUUCGAAACAAAUUCGCGAGGAGCCUAUUAAGGAAAUGAGUACCGUGCAAAUCGACACGAAUUCGCCGACCACAACAUCUUUUCCAAAACCUACCUUGCCUCCAUAUCCGCCUGUAUCAAAUGGGAAACCGAUUGUGCUGACUCCUUUCAACUGCAAUGAAGACGCAUUUCUCAUUAUAAUCGUAGUUUCUUCAAGCAGGAAUUUCGAAGCGCGCAAAUCUAUACGCUCUUCCUGGGGGAAAAGCAUCUCGGAAGUGCGGCGCUUCAAUUCGAACUCCACGCGCGAAUCUUUUCAAGUGUUUUUCGUGGUAGGAGGCGACGAAGUCAACGACGAAAGAGUCGAAAAAGAAGCGGAACAGUACGGAGAUAUUUUGCGCGGAAACUUUAUGGACACUUACGUUCAAAAUGAGCUGCACACAGUCAAGACUCUCUUGGGGCUGAAAUGGGCCACCUCGAUUUGUAACCCAAAGUACAUCUUAAAAGUCAACUCGGAUUCAUUUGUUAACGUCCAUGAGACGAUUAAAUGGCUGUAUUCACUAGGAGGCAACAGCGAGGCUGACUUCAAGCCUAAAGAAGGCUUAUACACAGGUUACUGUCAUCGCGGGGUAAGGCCGGUCAGAAACCCGCUAAGUGCUUAUUUCAUCUCGGAGGAGCAAUGGUCAGACAAUACUCUACCACAAUACGUGUCAGGUGUAGGGAUUGUGCUUUCGCCUGAUGUUGCCGAAAAGAUGGUGAAACAUGCUCUGAAGAUGAAACUAAUUCACAUCGAUGAUGUUUUUCUUGGAGCUAUGGCAAAAGAUCUUGGUACGGGAUUGAUUGACGAAAGUUCUCGUUUCGACAUCGCUUACACCACGAUGCUCACCGAGUGCGAAGAUCUUCAUUUUUGUGUCCUUGGUGGCGUUCCCGCAAAGGACAUGUUUUAUCUAAGUCAGAAUGUGGGACAUCUGAGAGAACUUUGCCCUGAUGAAGAACCUAAAAAAGACUUACCUUUAAAUUUAAUGUAUCUACAAGGCACACAAACUACAAAUCAGCCUUUUCCCCCAGAAAUUUAGGUUUUUACGUCGCGCAAAUGAUUUGACAUUUUAACUUUUAUAUUUAACCCUACUCAGAACCACGUUUAGUGCUUGUUGCUAUAAAAUGACAAUAUUCGACCAACAAAAAAUAAAGAACGUAGUGGCGUGGCUCGACCAUCGCUCCCCCCGGGGGAGUACUCUACAAAGUUUUAUACGGAAGUACUCUACAAAGUUUUAACCCCUCCUUACCCUUUUGUAUACCAUUUUGACACAAAGCGACGCCUUUCGCAUAUCUUUUGUUGGAAAAAGGUACUCCUUUCAGAUACCUACUUAACCCUUUUAAACUUUUUCUCGCCUAUUUUCAUGUAGUGCUAAUAAAUCAAAUGAUACAGCCAUAAGGUGCUCUUCCUCAACUUGAGAAAUUCGUACUUUUUUUUUUGUACAGCUAAAGCCUGAAAAAGGCACCCCUUUCGGGGGUAGUCACCCAGUUAUAGAGUUUAGGCCUUUAAAAGGGAGGACCUCCAGUUCCCGAGCCAUGCGUGCUUUGUAUGCUGCGGUAGUUUUAAAUAGCAUGUAUUUCCUCUCUAGAGCCUUUAUUCUUUGUGAUAAGCGGCAAAGACAAGAUACGGAAAAUACACCUUGAUAAGAGCUAACUUGUAGCCCUCCUUAAAAACGGAAUGCUUUAUAAAAAAAAUCAUUACAAGUUGUAAAGAAGACAAAACAAGCUAAUUAGAGGGAUAUUACAGAAAUCCAGAUUAACUGAUGUGUGUUUAUUUAAAAUAAAUAAAGGAAUAAAUAAAGAUCACAAGGUCGCUCAUGCUCAAAGAAAGAAAGAAAGAAAGAAAGAAAGAAAGAAAGAAAGAAAGAAAGAAAGAAAGAAAGAAUG